AGUUAAGAGAACAUUGAAGUUGGACACUGUUAAAAAAGAUAAUCCAUACGACGCAACACCUCUGAAGACCAGAAAGAAAAAUCUGAACUCUUACUCGCCGACAACAGGAACGCGCCGAAUGAGUCCGUCUUCAUCUCCCAUGAGUCAUAACGAACGAAAUCUCACCGAUCACCCAUUGAACGGAGACGGAGCCAAGCGGACUGAUUCAAAAAGCUGGUUACCCAGAAGAGGGCAGCCUCCAGCAGAGGAGAACGCGUUCAUGGAAUUGCAGUCCAAAGUGAAAAGUUCUUUGGUGAGAAUUCUGAAAAUAAGAGCAAAUCUGACAAGCCUACAGGCUUUAGAGGGCAGUAGAGAGCUGGAAGAUAUCAUCGGUGUCUCAGACGCGUCUUGCCCCUUGAGUGCUGAGAUGCAGAAAACCCGAGUGCUAAUGAGUCAAGCAGAACUGCUGCAAAGAAACCACAGAAAACUUCCUGCCCAAGAGGACAUCCAGACUGGCACCAGCUCCGCGUUCCUGAAGUCGCUCCUCGACUGA